AUGCGACUGAGUACAGCAAGCCUUAUCGGCUGCAUUGCCGCUGGGUUUGCGUCGCUUCUACACGUGGCAAGUGCUUCCCAAGCCCCUUUCUCCAUAGAGCCUGCGGAAGAGCGAACGGAUUCUUCGCCAUCGCCCAAGUCAGCGGCACCGCACAGCAGCAAAUGGACCCUUCCUCGCGACAGCAACAAUUCUGCCGUCGUCUUUGACAAGUACAGCUUGGCGCUCGCUGGCGGGCAGCAGCGCCUCUUUGUGUUUGCAGCCGAGUUUCACCCGUGGCGCCUCCCUGUGCCUAGCUUGUGGCGCGAUGUCUUGCAGAAGAUCCGAGCCGCCGGAUUCAACACGGUCUCGAUCUACACGCACUGGGGUCUGAUCCAACCGUCGGCCCAUGCCGACUCGAUCGAUCUGACAGUUGUCAAUGAUUUGGACUACUUUUUGACCGUAGCCAAGCAGGUCAGGCUGUUUGUGAUCGUUCGCCCUGGACCUUACAUCAACGCCGAGACGACGGUGGGAGGCAUGGCACCCUGGACUGUCAACAUCGAUGCAGUGUUGAGGACCAACGACACGGCGUGGCAGGAGGCAUGGAAGCCCUACAUUGAAGCAAUCUCUCAAGUGGUGGUCAAACAUCAGCUUGUCUAUGACCCAUCCAAAUCGGAUCAUCUCACGGGUGGCAGCGUGAUCCUUGUCCAGGCAGACAACGAGUACAAGACGGGCAAAGCAGAGCGGGCAUACAUGAAGGAGCUCGUCACCACACUCAAGGGGCAUGGCAUCUCCGUACCCAUCACGUACAACGAUCCAGGACGCGACAACAACUUUGUCGACCUCGUCGAUCUGUACGGACUCGAUUCGUAUCCUCAGCGUUUCGACUGCUCGCAUCCCACCACGUGGGUGCCCUUCCGUGACGACUACCUGCAGUACCACAUGGAGACCAAUCCAGAUCAGCCGUUCUACAUUCCCGAAUUUCAAGGUGGAAGCUACGAUCCGUACGGCGGUCCUGGGUACGAGGCGUGCGGACGCAUGACCAACGCCAGCUUCACCCGUGUUGCCAACCAGGCUCUGAUAGCGCAGAGGGUGACUCUGCUAUCGCUGUACAUGGUCUAUGGCGGAACCAACUGGGGUGGGCUGGCCGAGCCGGACGUCUACACCUCGUACGACUACGGUGCUGCACUCAACGAGCACCGUCAGACCACGGAGAAGUACACCGAGCUCAAACGCCAAGGCAACUUCCUCUCCACCUUCCCGGACCUCGCCAUGACCGAACAAAUCUUCGACAAGCCUGGCUUCAACAUCUCGCAAGCAAUGGACCUGGACACCAACCAGACCGUCGACGCAACGAUCUUCCGAUCCACCGUGCUGGAAAACCCAGAGACCAAGAGCAAAUUCUACAUUGUGCGAUACGACAAUACCACCGAGUCGCGACGUAUCCGCUUCGCACUAGAGAUCGAAUCGUUGGGAGAGACGAUCCUGCUCGGAGAUAGGAGCAACCCCAACAGCCCGUGGGUCGGAAACAACUACCUGGAUGGUAGAGAUAGUCAUAUCGUUCCCGUCGAUCAGAAGCUUCCAGGAGGGUUGUUGUUACGAUUCAGCACCGUCAACGUUUACCGCAUCGCCUCGUUCGCGAACUAUGUGCUUGUGUCGUUGGAUUACAUGCCGAACCAGUUGAUCGAGUACUCGCUGACGGUGCAAGAUCCCAAGAACCGCUUUACGGAGAUGCAGAUGUUCACGCUGGAUGGUGUCACAGCUACGUUGCAAGAAGCGGACGAAGAUGAGCGGGAGCGAGUGAUGCGGAUGCAUUCGGCUAUCAAAGGUGAACCUAGGAAUGUCCGGGGCUCGAUUCCGACCUCUGAUGAUCAGGAGCCGAACCGACGCUACGUGGCGUACAAGACGUUCGAGGGCAUCUGGAUCAUCCUUCAGUUCACACCAACUUCGGAAACGCAGCGGGACUUUGCCGCUCCUGCCAGCUAUCAGGAGCAAACGAGUCGUCUGGCGAUGCAGCUCAGACGCAAACCGGACAACGUCAUCAAUCAUUUCUUCGGUCUCACUGACGAGACUGUGAUCCUGCUUGAUGUGGAUCUUUUGCGUAACGCCACCUACUCGACCACCUCCAGACCGCUCGACACGAUCCACCUCUGGGGGUCGGUGUCCAACGAGACAACGACAGCAAUGAUGGCCCUUCCCGGUCUCAAAAACGUGUACUGGAAUGGGAAGCAGAUCGAGACCUCACCGCAGGACGACAACGGAUGGUUCUACACGUUGGAGCUUCCUGGGCCUCCCCAAGCUGCACUCGAUUGGAAACCUCCCGACCUCUCCGACCUAGACUGGAGGUGGCAAGAUUGCAUCCCGGAAGCACAAGCAGCUUUCGACGAUACAGACUGGGUCGACGCCAACAAGACCAACUCGUUCAAUCCCUACGCCCACGACCCGAGCCUCGACACGCACGGCGUGGUCCUGUUCGCGUCCGAGUACGGGUUCCACGCGAACAACAUUCUGUGGCGUGGUCAUUUCUCCACACCCUCUCAUGCGCCUUCGGAUGUGUAUGUCAAGGUGGAAGGAGGACGAUCUUCCGCGUUCAGCGUAUGGUUGAACGGGGUUUACUUGGGGAGUGCCGAGUCUAAUCGGGAGAAAUCUGCUUCCGGUGCCAGCUUUAGCAUUCCGCCUCAAACUCUUCACGCAAAAGACGAGGAGAAUGUGAUCACGGUCCUACAAGAUCACAUGGGGAUCGAGAUGGAAGCGGGUCAGCUGCCCAUUGGGUUUGCGGACGAGGAUCGAGCAUUGGAAGCGGUGAAGCUACCGCGUGGUAUCGUCGCGUUCAACUUCCCUUCGCUUCGCACUACCGAGCGAUCGGAUCCAGAGGUGAGGUGGAAGGUUCAGGGAAACUUCAGAGGCGAAUCGGCACCGGAUCAUGUCAGAAGAUCGCUCAAUGAAGGCGGGUUGCGUGCGGAGGUGGAGGGCUGGCAUCUUCCCGGAUUCGACACUGCGGAUUGGCCCUCGGUGAAGGACUCGAGGGGUGAGAGAGGAAGGGUGGUCUUCUACAGAACAACCUUCUCCCUCGACGUUGCCGAGGACAUCGAUCUCGGACUGACCUUCGCGUUUAGAAAAGCGCAAGGGAAGAAGUUCAGAGCUCAGCUUUACGUCAACGGCUGGCAGAUGGGUAAGUAUGUGAACCAUCUUGGACCGCAGAGGCGCUUCCCCGUGCAUAGUGGGGUGGUGGAGUUGAGGGGAGAGAACGAAGUCGGGGUGAGCGUGUGGAGUUUGGAUGAGAAGGAGCUGGAGUGGGAUCCGAGAGAGGGAUUGAGGUUGGAGGUUGGUCACUUGAUGUCGGGCGAACCGAGGGACGGGUACACGUUGGAUGCUGGAGGUUGGGAUGAGCUGAGGAGUUGA